AUGAUCUUUGCCGCCCGUAAACUUCGGGAAAAGUGUCAGAAGAUGCGGACCCAACUUUACUCUACCUUCGUGGACCUGACGAAAGCCUUCGAUACGGUGAAUCGUGAAGGACUGUGGAAGAUCAGGCAGAAAUGCGGCUGUCCGGAGCGAUUCACUCAUAUGGUGCGUCAGCUGCACGACGAUAUGAUGGCGCGAGUCACGGACAAUGGACCUGUCUCAGAGGCAUUCACAGUGACCAAUGGAUUGAAGAAGGGCUGCGUACUGGCGCCCACCCUAUUCAUUUUUAUGUUCCCUGCUAUGCUGAUGGACGCCAACCGCGACGAACGCUCCGGGAUCCGCAUCGCCUACAGGACUGACUGUCACAUCCUGAAUCAACGGCGGAUGCACUUCCGAUCGCGCGUAUCAACAACCACCGUUCACGAACUGCUCUAUGCCGACGACUGCGCCCUGAACACCACCUCGGAAGAGGAGAUGCAACGGGGCAUGGACCUGGUCUCCGACGCCUGCGAGAGCUUUGGUCUGGUCAUUGACACGCAGAAGACAGUGGUGAUGCACCAACCGCCACCCAACUCAACCACAGUCCCCAACGCGCCGCCGCAAAUCAGCGUGAACGGAACCCAACUGCGAGUGGUGGAGAACUUCCCGUUUUCGCGGAUACUUGGCUCUGUGAUCAUCUGA